AAACCUGGGGUACCAGCAGGUUGAGCAGGAGUAUGCUGUAGAGGUUGGGACAUACUGGUGAGUUCAGAUGUAUGGUCCAGAGGAGAGUCUCCUUUACAUCCAUCUCAAGAAGGGGAUUUAAUGCUGUUCAUCUGUGGACUUCACUAGUUUUAGUACAGGUUUCACAGAAUUGUUUCUGACUGCUCCCUGGCUUCAUUGGGAACAGCUGUGCUUAGUUGCCUUAUAUCAGGAAGCCUGCUGGGAAACUUAUCCAAAUGUCCUCCAAGGAAGACAGAGUUCUGAAGACACAAAUCGGUGUCGUGGGAAGAGUCCAGCCCUAUGGAGAGCAGCCAGGUAGAAGCCCUGAAGGCCAGACUCCUCUACCAGGAUGUUUGCAGGGCAGCUCGGCGUCUCGACCAUUUCCUUCUAAAAGGAAAUGCCCACGAAGAGCUUUUCAAGCCUCAUGUCCUGGCCCUCAGGGAUAGGGUCCAGCAAGUCUGCAUUAAACUCAUGUUCCUGCACCCAGUGGAUUAUGGGAGGAAAGCAGAAGAGCUGCUCUGGAGGAAAACAUAUUCUGACGUGGUUCUGCUGCUGCUGAAGCCCAACAGAAAAAACACGAAUUCCUCCGAGGAACAGUGGGAAGGCCCCCUGCGGGCGCAUCUGAAGGGUGGCCUCAGGUUCUAUGAACACCUUUUCCUGUUCCUGCAGGAGCACUACCAGCUGGGCUUGUCGAGCUACAUCGACUGGCCUCACAGUGCCAUCCACUUCAUCGGCUGCAAAAGAGCAGAUCCUGCGUCAGAGGAAGAGGUGGACUGGGCACGGAUGGCCUGCUACCGCUGCCUGCUGUACUUGGGAGACUUGUUCCGCUUUCAGAAUGAGUUCCUGGCCCUGCACACCAAGGACCUGGCAGAGAGGUGUUAUUACGGAGCCCUGUCAGUGGCACCACACAUGGGCAUGCCCUUCAACCAGCUGGGAACUCUCACGGGGAGCAAGUACUAUGGUGUGGAAGCCACAUACUUCUACCAGCGCUGCCUCCACUCGGAAGUGCCUUUUAAAGGGGCGUCUUGGAACCUCAAACAACUCUACCAUCAUGCGGGAAAAAGAUAUAGCCGGCUGAAGAGGUACCAGGGGAAGAAGCUCUCUCCCAGCCAGAGGCGGUGUUGGGAUAACAAAAGGUUACUGGUUAGUUUCCUCUACCUUCAGAGCCUCUUGCAGCCUCAGAGGAAAUUCAGAGCCACCAGGCUCAUGGCCUUGUGCCAGCUGGUUCUGGAAGACUUCCGUCUCUGUCUUUCCUAUCGGCCCUGCCCAUCCGACCAGAGCCAGGCCUCCAGAGAGAGAAAGCCCGCAAGAGGCUACCAGUUCCUCCCCGACCUCCUCAUCUUCCACAUGGUGGUCCUCUGCCUCAUGAGCGUGCACAGCCUGAGGACAGCGGGCUCCAAGCAGCACAGGACAGUGGUCACCUUCACCUUGACCCUUUUCUCCCAUUUAAUUCAACACGUGACGACACGCCUCCAGGCUGAGCUCCAGAAAGGGAAGCUGACUCCAGAGGUGGACGUCCCCAGGGACAAGGAAGACCAACAGAAGAUGGAGGCUGGGGAGGGGCAACAAGAUGGUCUAGCCCCCUCCCCUGGGCCCCGCCACAGCAAAUCUCAGAAAACCCACAGGUCAUCUCACGUUUCCAGUGAGGGUGACAACCCAGAAGCCAGUUUUCAUUCUUGCUGUGACUGGGAUGAGACAGAAGAAGAUGAAAACACAUCCUUAUGCUCACAAGUCAGCUCAGAACUCAGCAGUGAAACCACUUAUUCAGACACAACUGAUGAUGAGGAAAGUGGCUCCCUGAAUCCACAAGCAAUGCAGGAGGGUGGAGCCAAAUCCAAAGAUAGAAUUUCCCCUCCCAGGGAUAAGCUGAAGACGUGUCAACUUCCCAGUCAUCUCCUAGGUCUCUUAAAAACAACCAGUUCCGCUAGCCUGUCAGCCCCGUCGAGCCACAAGCUUCCAGGCAAACAUGGCUUUCACUUGGCUCCUGUCUUCAGCCACAGUUUCUUGAUGCCUCCUAGUCCUGCCUCCAGCAAAGCAUCUGUCACAGAGGAUGACGUGAGCAGCUGUCUCAAGACAGAGCCUCCUGCUGGCUGCAACUUGGGGCAGAAUGCCUCCAUCAGCCAACCCUACAGCAAUCUCCAGACCAUUCAGAAGAAACUGCAGGUCCUCUCUGCAGAGGGGCUGCUGCCCACGGUCAAGGUGAUACUGGGCUGGCUCCGUGCCAACUGCAGUCUCCUCACCGCACAUCAGUGGAGCCUGUUUAGCCUGUGGGACCACCUGUCUAUGCUGCUGAACCUGCUGCCCUCUGUGCGAGACCUUCAGGAGCCAGGCCUGGGCCUGUCCCACCAUCUCCGUGAGCUACUGCAGAGCUGCAAGGGCCCACACCUUCCCCAGUUCCUGCAGCUCCCAGAGGACAUUGCCCUGGGCCAGCACUGGCUGCAGCAGGCUUCCCAGGAGAGGGAGGGCUUGGAGCAGGACCCACCUCCACUCAGCUCCCAAGAUGAAGCUGCUGUGCGCGUCUGUUUCCUCAGAAACUUUGGCCACUUCGCCACGACACUCCCUGGGCAGUUCCUGAGGUAUGACUCUCAUUCAGGGGUCUUUAUGAGCACUGGGUUUGAAGGACCAGACAACCCAUCUCAGCAGUUGCUAGAGAAAACUUCCAGGAUCAGAUUUUUCAAAGACAUAGUACAAUUGUGGCUUCAAAGCGAGGUGGUGCUGCUGGAGAAAACUCUCAGGCACAUCCAGAUCCGGUCAGCUUUGACCCUUUACCUGUUCCCUGACCCCCGGGCCCUCUGUGAGCACCUGCCAGUCAUCCGGCAGCUUGCCACCAGCGGUCAGUUUCUCCUCAUCGUACCCAACAUCGUGGUGGACAUAUUGUAUAUCCUGAGAAGGGAGGACAAGCGGGCUUCAGCAGCCAUCACCUUCCUAGAGGGGGAGCUGAAGAGAGGGAACCAGUACCUUCUCUGCCAGUCCUGUGUGUCUGUGACGUUGGUGAGACCCAGGAUGACCAGGCCAGACUCUGAUGCCUGGGACCUCUAUAACAUGCUUGGCAUCUGCAGAGGUCUGCUGGACUCAUCCUGGCUAGGGACCCCCGACCACAGGAAUAUGAUCACCAUCCUCACGGGCAUCUGUUUAGACAACCCUAGGAAUCUCUCAUACCCCCUGCAGCUGGUGCUGGGGACGGCAACUGAAGCUGGUGUGGAAGUCAAGAAUGUCCUGCGCUUCUAUAGGAAGUGGAAGAUGGUCAGCUGAUGUGGUCAUAUGUCCCUACUUCUCCCUCAGCACUUACACAUCAAGCUCAGUCUGUUCACCUCUCUUGUUUGCACCUAAUGUUAAAGGUAGCCGUUGUGUAAACUCAUAUCUGUACCUACCUACCUAUGGGUAGAGUCUCGGUGGACUAUCUCCCAGAGGCCUUCAUGUUUCCUUCUUUGUUGUCUUGACUUGAUAUCACAUUCUCUGUCUGAAAAAUAUCUCUAGAUUAAACUAACUCAGUAUUUGGUGUUUUUGUGGUAAAGCAGCAACUUAAGGAGGCAUUUCUGAGUCCCUGCUCAGCUGGUGGAACUGUUAAUUUGUUUUUCUCUGUUUUUUUUUUUUUUUUUUUUUUUUUUUGCUUUGCUCUACUUUGUAACAUGAAACUUUUUAAUGCUAUUUUAUUGUGAUGGAUCAUGCCUAUUAUGUAAGGUAGGCUUGGCCAUCUGUGAAAGCUCAAUAAAUGGAAAGUUAAAAUUCU